AUGGUCAUGCUGGCGAACCUCAUCCCUCUCUUCGUCAUGGUCGCACGGGCGUCAUACACAGCGGGUGGUCUCCGGUUACCUCGUUUCACGUAUGGACAGGCGACUACUGCAGUCGGUGCGAACUUGCUGGUAUCGGUAAUGAUGCGAAACGACCAUGUCGUGAACUGCAUGUUCACCAUGGCACUUUCGCUUCCACAUUGGGUUCCGCUCGCCAUUCGGACGCGUGCAGCGAAGGUCUACAGCUAUGGUGGCAUUCACAGUGCUUGUGGAGUUGCGGCAUUCUUCUGGUACAUCUUCUUUGCCGUCCUGGUCAUCACGCAGUUUCGAGGUGAAGGGUCAGACGAAGAUGCACUCGCCAUCACCACUGCGCUGAUGCUGAUGCUGUUCAUCUUCCUCAUCGUCCUGGCCCACCCCUGGAUCCGGUCACGCUUGCACGAUGUAUGGGAGCUCAGCCAUCGGUUCGCAGGUUGGACAUCGAUUGGCAUCGUGUGGGCUCAAAUAUUCAUCAUUGCCAAUGCAGAGACGAAGAGAGCGUAUCCAGGCAGUCACCUCUCCCACUUUGGCACUGCGUUGGCGAAGACGCCAGCCUCCUGGUUCCUCAUGAUCACGCUCAUGAUCAUCUAUCCCUGGAUUCACCUGCGGCGGCGGUCGUUCGAAGCAGAGCAGCUGUCAAGCCAUGCUAUUCGACUCAAGUUCAAUUAUCGGAAGGUCCCUAUAGGAGCUGCAGUCAGAAUUUCUGAUUCGCCCCUGACCCAGACACACGCCUUCGCCGUGAUCCCUAACCCUGACGGCUCCAGGGGCUACUCGGUAAUCAUCUCGAAUGCCGGCGACUGGACCAAGAAGUUCAUCAACGAUCCGAAGCGACCCAACAAGCUCUGGAUGAAAGGCUUGCCAACCCUCGGGGUUGUUCACAUCUCUUCGCUCUUCAAGCCUGUAGUAGUGGUCGCUACUGGCUCAGGAAUCGGACCAUGCCUAUCCUUCUUGCAAAUGCAUCGCAGAUGGCCUGUUCGAAUCGUAUGGUCUGCUCGCUUCCCUGAGGUCACGUAUGGGACGUCGGUGGUGGCAUCUAUGUUGGAAAGUGACAAGGACGCCAUCAUCAUCGACACGAAGAAGACGGGAACUCCAGAUCUUGCGGGAAUUGUCUAUGCUAGCUAUAGAGAAAUCGGCGCCGAGGCCGUGGUCAUCAUCAGCAACCAGAAAGUCACAGAAAAGGUUGUGUAUACGCUCGAGACGAGAGGUGUCCCUGCCUUUGGUGCAAUCUUCGAUUCAUAA